AUGGCUGAUAUUACUACUCUUCCUAAUCAAAAAAUGAGCAGACAUAAAUUGGUUAAUCAAAUAAAUACGGAAGAAAGACUUGAAACACGCGUUAAUUAUCGAAGUUUAAUCAGUGACUUAUACAGUAAUAAACCUGAAUUAACUGAACCUACAAACAAACAAUUAUUCAAUCAAUUAAAUACUUGCAAUAAACUAUUUGAAGAUGUUCGAACACCACGUGAAGGUGUUCUUGACAUAAUUGCAUUAAAAACUAUAUCAUCAUUUGCUCGUAUUCAAACUAUUGCUAUAGAUAAAAAAUCUACAACUGAAAAUGCUUUUAAAUUAAUGCGAAAAUGUGCUAAAAUUAUUAAAAAAAAUCUAACAGAAAGUGAUGAUGUAUUUGCAGAAUUUUAUAUUGAUUUUUGUCAUUAUCAUAAAACUAUUGGCAUGAUGAAUUUUAUGUCUGGACGUUUACCAACAUUUUGGUUUGAAAAACGAAUUUUAGAAAAAUCAUUGAUGAAACAACGAUCUCGUCGAACUAAAGAUAUCAUUGAUUCAUCUCAACAUACUCAAAUAAAAGAAAUUAAAAAAAUGUCAUCGAAUGGUGAACAAACAUCAAAAGAAAUUAUUCGAAUGAAUCGAUGUUUAGAAGAAGCAUAUGAAAAUAAUAAUAAUCAACCAAUUAGUUUUUUUAUAUUUACAAUUCAUCCAACAAAAUUUUCUCGUUCAGUUGAAAAUAUAUUUCAUAUAUCAUUUCUUAUUAAAGAAGGAAAAGUUGAAUUAUUUUUGGAUAAUAAUGGUUUACCUGUUUUACGUCCAUUGAAGGAAUCUAAUAAACUAAAUGAUAGUAAUAUGAAUAUUAAUCUUUCAUCAUCAAAUACAAAAUCACAUCAAAUUAAUUCAUUAACUCAAUUAAUUUUAUCAUUAGAUAUUGAACAAUGGGAAACUUUAGUAGAUGUAUUUGAUAUACAAACAUCAAUGAUUAAUGAUCAAAAUUAA